CUUACCCCCCAAAAUGACCCAUUUUUAAGAGAAAGUACAUCAAAUGAGAAACACAAAAAUUCAAUUUUUAGAGGGGAUAGAGCAUCCGUGUUCCUAAAAAAAUAAUUUCAAAACAUYGCAUAUAUCGCUCUGGUGGCCGCCAUCUUUGAGCCCGCGAUAAAUUACCGCAUUCAGGGGUGACGUCACAACGUCAACGUGUGUUUGGAUAUGUAGAGUUUUUCUGUAAGCAUGAGAGUUUGAAGUGGCUUUUUCGACAAAAUGGUUAAUUGUUGCGUGCCUGAAUGCACUAACUAUUCGACAAAAACAAAAGAUGUUAGCUAUCACAAGAUUCCUAAAGAUUURCAAAUUCAGAAAGCUUGGAUUUCUCGUCUAAGACGAGCAAAUCUGCCGCCAUUGAAGAAUUGCUAUGUAUGUAGCGAGCACUUCGAGGAUGGUUGCUUCGAAUCCGACCUUAUGGAGCAACUAAUAGGCGAAAAAAGAAAAAGAAGGUUAAAGGCUGAUGCAAUUCCAAGUAUUUUUAACUUUUCAACCAUCCCUAGUAAAAGAAGAGCUACGACAGAAAACCGUAUAAGACGACAACGACAAAAAGAG